AUGACAGGAGGGCUGCAGGAAGCUGUCUGCUGGUGCAAAUGGGUCCUUGGCAGGCCACCUGCACCCCCUGCACCCCAGCCCGUAACACUGCCCCGCAGCUUGUCUACAGGCCUGUUUUACAGCCCCCCUUCCCUGGCCAACUCUCCUGCCACUCAGGCCCCUGGAUUCUGUCAGCGGACCUGGGGAGCAUCCCCCAGCCUCACAGAGAAUGCAGAACGUGUUUCUCUGGAGGCAGAGGAGGCAGUGAAGGGGUGGGCCAAGCGGGGCCGGGAGGGGAAGGCUCCCUUGCUGGGAACAGGCCUGCCUUAUUUGCCCCCAUUUCUCUGCAGCUUGAAAACCCUCUCAGCAUUGCUGCGGAAUAAAAAGUCCUUGGAGCGCAGCGCUGCCUCUCUCUCGGCCCCUGAAGGGCGGUGGGAAGAGCCCGGCCAGCCCGACCUGGCGGCCUUGAGGCGGGCAGUGCGCCAGAAGCUCCAGCACAACCCGGCCUUCCGGCUGCUGAGGGGGCGGUUCUUGGCGGCCUUUUCCUUUCCAGCUGCUCUGGCCGCGCUGCCCCCUCCCAGGGUGACAACGACACUCUCCGGGGGCAAGUGGUGGGAGAGCAGCCAGGGAGGAGAUUCUGACUCGUCUUCGGGUGAGGAGGAGGAAGGAGAAGAGGAGGAAGCUGGGAGAGAACCCCCCGGAGCAACCAGAGACGGCCCUGAUGAGACCACGGAGGCCAACGAGGGGCUGGAGGAGUCUGGAACUGACGGCAUGGACUCAGAUCACAGCAGCCCGGCCAGGAUCCGGAGAAGCACGCGCCUGCAGGAAAGGAGACGCCAGCUGUGAAGUCAGCAGCCUCUUCAGUUCAGUUCCUCUCUUCCCUCCCAAUAAACUCAAGCACGAAGACUUCUGCUGUGUUUCUGGGGCCCCUGAGGAUGGCGCUCUGGACUGUAUUGUAUCUUUGUUUUGGCCUGGAGAUGGACUGCCAAGCCAAGUGAGGGAUCAGGAUUUUCUGGUGGCAAAAUUCUAUGUGGCUGCGGUCUUUGUCAUUGAGCAGACUUUGACCAAUUACGAAUAGACUCCUUCAGCUUGUCCUGCCUUUGGCUACAGGAAAAUUGCCUUCCUGACCUCUUGAGCAGCCUUUUCCAAACUGGCAGAGCUUCGUCUGCUAGGAUUGUGGCUCCCAGAAUUUCCUAGCUGGCAUGGUCAACGCUGAGAACUCU